GCCAAAAGUCUCUAGUCCCCUCCCAGCUUGAAACAAAAAUCCCCAAUUCGCAAUAAAUUUCGACGUUUGCGAUUGGUAGCAUUGAUUUGUAUCUUUGCCAAUAAUUGUGAAAUGGAUACGCGAAAGCUAGUCGAAAAUUUGCGCUUAGAAGAAAACGAGUAUUUUCGGAAAAUAGUGAAUUUAAACAAGAAACACAAAAGAGUGAAACCUCGAGUUUGAUAUCUGGAAAAGAUUAGUUGAUUUUCGCAGGCGAGAAGAUUCUAGAUUAGUUAAAAUCAAUAAAAUCCACCCUCAGCUGUUCACUGUUCACUUUCCUCUGACAUAUUUUAGCGCACACGUUUUACACGUGAACAAUUUAAUAUAGAGUUUUGUGCCAAUUUCCAGUUGAUCCCCUUUCUUUAUAAUAUUAACUAAAUAAAAAUGCAAUCGUGGGAUGAUGAGGAUUUUGAACCACCUAUAGUGGUCCCUGCCCCAGUCUUGAAGGCAAAUAAAUGGGUGGGCGAGGACGAAGAUGAUGAUGUUAAAGAAAGUUGGGAAGAUGAGGAUGAUGAGAAAAAAGAAGAUGAUGAAAAGAUUACAGAAGUUAAAAAGUCUAAAAAGAAGGGUUUAGCGGAGAAAAUAGCUGAAAAAGAGGCUAAAAAAAGAGAAGAAUUAGAAAGGAGACUCAAGCAAGAACAAGACGAAGAAAUAUCUCCCGAGGAAAGGCUUAGGAUGCAAAAAGAAUCGGACUUGAAAAUAGCGUUAGAAACCACAUUCGGCCAAGAUGGUGAACCUGAAGAAAUUGGCGGUCUGAAAUUACCAUCGACAAAGGAGGAAUUUGAUGCAUUCACUGACAUAUUGACUAAAAAGCUAACUCCUCUAUCGAGGCACGGAAAUGAAUUCGUCAACUUCACAGAAGAGAUAACUAGGAAUCUAUGUGCAGUUAUGAAUUCCUCAGAUAUUAAAAAAAUUAAGAAUGCUCUAGACAAUUUAUACUUAGAGAAACAGAAAAUUGAGAAAGGAGAUAAGGCUAAGAAAAACAAAGGCAAAGGAAAAGCUAAAUUGAAAUUAGAAGGGGACAACCAAUUAUCAGCAUAUGUUAACGAUUACACUAACGACUUUGACGACUACGACGACUUUAUGUAGCAGCAAUAAAUAUAUGUAUCAAAUUAUCAGACACCUAUAUAUGUUUUGUUAAUACAUAAUAUAUAUUUAUAAUUUUUGAGAACGCUUAAUUUUAAUUAUAAUUGUUUAACUAUUUUUAGUUAGGUGGUACAUCUGUUCAGAACAAUGUAUUUUUAUAUAAAAAUUGAUAUUUCAUAUUUAUAAGAAACUAACCCAAUAAGUAGGUAUACAUAAUUUCUAAUUAUUGUUAUGGAACUUUUUUUGAAUUCAUCUACAAUAAUUUUAGUUAGGUAUGUAUGUAUAUUUAUUCAAUUUAUAGGAAAUUAAGUAAAUUUUUUGUCUAUAUAAUUAAUCAACUGUUAACGACUUGUCAAGUAAUCUUAAGAAAACAAAAAUAACCCAUUUGUUUGUUUUUAUCAAUCUUCUUCUGUUCAAUGAAAAUUGUUACUUCAAAAUUUCGCUGCAAACUAAAAUAAACAAUAUGCAAUUAUUGUUAUUGUGAAAGUAUUGUAUGUCUUUGCACAAACAAAAAUCUAAAUGCUUAAUUGAUAAGGUUGGAUUUGCAAUUUCUUAUAUGCCUAUAUUAAAUACAUUCAGUUUGCUAGGUUGAUAGAUCAGAUAGAUUACAAAUAUUCAUUAUACAAUAAAGUGGUUUUUGUUAAUAUUUAAUUUCGAAUAUAAAUAAUAAAAAAAAUGUGUAUCUGGAAUACAUA